AUUCCAACCAGCGGCACCUCGAAAGAGAAAAAGAAACGCAGCUGCUAGCGCUGGUGGGAGAGGGAUGCGAUGGGAAGAAGGUCGAAGCGCGAAAUGGCGGAACGGGGAGAAAAGAGCCGUCCUGUCUCGGCGAGAAUCGCGAAUUCUCGACGUGUAAACUCAUGGUUCCAGCCCAUGCCCUCCCUCUGUGUUGCUGGAGUUUGAAAGAGAAAAUACCGUCAGCAGCGUUUCGAGAUGGAUGAGGGCGUUUCGGGCGGCCUGGGAGGGAGCAGCGUGGUGGGAAGCCGAGCAGCCUCUCCCACGAGCAGGAGCGGCACCAGAUCUCCAUUCUGUGAGGCCGUGAGAGACCUCGAAAACUCUUUCCUCGCUGGUACUUACCGACAGAUGGAUGGAUGGAUGGAUGGAUGGAUGGAUGGAUGGAUGGACACCUGUGUGUGGUGAAUGGCCACUUGCCUUAAUUGCAGAGCGCAAGAAGAACGACGCGGCCUUGCAUGAGAUCAAGCGGCUGCAGGAUGUGCUGCGCCUCUCAGAGAGCGCCAGCAAGGUCAACACGGACGUGCUCCGAGAGCGCAACGUAGCCCUCAAGAAGAGGGUAAGGGAGAUGGCCGGCUGGAGCUCUCACCCGUCCUUCUUCUCGAGAGGUCUGCUGUCUGUGUGUGUGUGUGCAGUGCCACGAGGCAGAGUCACUGGCCCGUACAUCGCAGGAGCAUCUGCAGCGCAUCAAGUAAGUAAGCAGGAACCGCCAGCCUCUAAGCAUUUGUGCGCAGCGAGUGUGAUGUGUCGGUCCAUCCCAUGCCAUGAAUGCGUGAAGGCGAGAGCGCGAUGCGGCCGUGUCUGCAGCCGAGGCGGCCGCACGGCAGGCUGAUAGCAUGAGGGACGAAAUCGCACGGUAGGAGGGCGGGGAGGAAGAUGUACGCAUCAGAGGGGAGAGGGCAAGUGAUGUGCAUGUCAACGACGCAGGCUCGAAGAGGCCAACGCGAAAUUGGCAGAAGAGGUAUGUGCGUGGUUCGGAGAAGAAGGGGAGCCAUGGAGGGGAGGGAGGAUCCGCAGCCUGGCCUCUGCUGAGCCGAAUGUGUGGAUGUGAUGUGUUCAGGCGUCUGGGCGUGAGGCUGCCUAUCAGGCUGUCGUGGCGCAGAUAGAGGACCUCAUCGCACAGAGGGCCGCACUACAAGCACAACUCGACGACAAAGACCGGCAGCUCAACCAAGCCAAGGUAUACAGGCAGGUUAACCUGCAGGCACGGGACGUUGGUGAGUGUGUGUGUGUGUGUCCAGAGUGCGUGUGAUUUGCUGAGCGUGCACGCGGCCGAGCGCACGAUAGACCGUCUGCAAGGGGAGCUGAGGGAUGCACACGCACAAGCGGAGUAUCUGCAGUGUGUCCUCCGUGCGUUUCUCAAGGGUACGUAUGUCAUUCGCGGUGACAUACAUUCAUCCACAUGCAUGUGGGCCGCUGAUUGCUUGCGUGGUUUCCCUUCACUCACUCAGGGACCAUGCGAAAAGCCGACAUCCAGCGAGUUCUGGUGAGCCGCCUGCAUGUCCACAUGACGCUUGUUCGUUCUGCAAUGAAUGAAUCCCACGGUGUGUCAGGAUCGGUCCGGCACUGCGUCGGCGGCAUCUGCAUCAGCCACCCCCACAAUGAGGGGCGCCCUCACACCCAACACCUCCUGCGCCAACCUGGCCCACCUAGCAGCAUCGAGCGCAUCAAGCCUGCCGAGACCGAAGCGGCCGCCGCUACCCCGCCCCCCCGCUGCUGCUGCUGCUGCUGCUGGGGGUGGCGAGGGAGGGGGAUCCAUAUGGCCGAUUAGUGUGCAAGGGAUAGCUGAGAGGGCGAGCAAGCUGAUGAGACAGCAUUCGAGUAUAGUCGGUGGGACCUCAUCUGAGGGCAAUUGAUUGAGGGUGGAUGGCUUGGCGGAUGCGAUGCAGGAG